GAUCCCCUCAGCAAAUCAAAUACCGGACUCUCACACGAGUUGAAUUUUUAGCUCCGAAAACUACAACCUUCAAACCUCGGAAAUUGUCGAGAGAGAGAUAGAGAAGAUGGGAAUCGGGUUUGGGGACGUGAAGGGACUUUCCGUCGGGUGGGGCGCGGCGGCGCGUUCAUGCGACGGUUGCAAAUCCGUUGCAGCCGCCGUGUUCUGCCGAGUCGAUGCGGCGUUCCUGUGCGUAACGUGCGACACGAGGAUACACACGUCCACGCGCCACGAGCGCGUCUGGGUGUGCGAGGUGUGCGAGCAGGCUCCCGCCGCCGUCACCUGUAAAGCCGACGCCGCCGCUCUCUGCGUGGCCUGCGACUCCGACAUCCACUCCGCCAACCCUCUCGCCAGCCGCCACGACCGCGUCCCGGUCGAGCCCUUCUUCGACUCCGCCGUCGCCAAGUUCUCUUCUUCCUCCUUCGGCUUACUCGGUAACUUCACCUCCCCCUCCGUUGAUUUCUGCGCCGCCGCGGACGAUCUGGGCGCCUCCCCCUGGCUGAUCCCCGGCGAUUUCAACGAGAAUAUCAAAACUAACAUCGGAUCCACUGCUGAAAUGAAAUCUUCUGAUUUUGUUUUAUCCGAUUUCGAGCGAUUGAUGGAAUUCGAGAACUCAAACUCGUUCCAGCCGCCGCAUAACAGCGCCGGAGCGGACAGCGUUGUCCCGGUUCAGACAAAACCCAACCCUGUCACAGCAGCUAACAACGAACACUGCUUUGACAUAGACUUCUGCAGAUCAAAGCUCUCCACUUUCUGCUACCCAUCUCAAUCCAUCAGCCACAGUGUUUCGACUUCGUCCAUCGAUUUCGGCGUCGUUCCGGACGGAGGCACCUCCCUGUCGGAAAUCUCAAUACCCUAUGGCCGGAACAUGAACGCCGGCUCGACAGGGACUGUCGGCGAUCCCAGCUCCUCAGUGUCGGGAGGAGUCACGAAUCAGCAGACCUGCGGAUCGGACAGGGAAGCUAGGGUUUCGAGGUACAGGGAGAAGCGGAAGAACCGGAAAUUCGAGAAGACGAUCCGUUACGCGUCCAGGAAAGCCUACGCCGAAUCGCGGCCAAGGAUCAAAGGCCGCUUCGCCAAACGCACUGACGGCGACAACGACAACGACGUCCUUCUCGUCGGCCAUGUCUACGCUUCCGCUUCCCAGUACGGCGUCGUACCCUCUUUCUGAUUCGGCGGGUCGUAUUUUAAGGCAGUGCCGUCGAUGUCUUGGGAGCAUAGUAACUAUUAUGAGCUUUACCGUAGAGGAACGUCUCCAGCUCCCAGCGGUAAAAAAGGAAGCCCUUUACUCACUUCCUUUUUUUUCCCUAAGUUAGCAAAAAAGUUGUAAUUUGUAAUUCGGUAAAAUCUAUUUCUCCGCUUCUAUUGGCUGAUGUGACGUUAUAUGAUUUUCUUUGUGAGCGGUCGGUUUAUCGUUUA